AUGCAGACGCGCGAGAUCGGCGGGCCGACACUGCCAGAUCACGAGGAGCAAGGAGGGGACGCGGCGGAGCGAAAUGGGUCCACGGGUCCCCGCCACCCGCGCCAACGAAACCAGUUCCCGCAGGCAGCGGACGAGCUGAGCGCGCCGGGGAUCCCACGGGGUUAUGGGGCAGGAGCGCAGCGAGAGGAGCGACUGGAGCAGCGGGAGGAGCAGAUUGCGAGGACGACCCCGCAUGGGAGCGGUGGAGAGCUUUCUCCACACCGUCCAAUUUCUUCAGGACUCGCUCCAUUGCGGAAGGCGCUGGACAAGCGGUUCCGCCGCGACCGUAACCCCCCCCUCGCCCACGACGCGCACGUCCACUCGCGUUCGAACGCACGGGCGACUGCGGGCGAGACAGGCCCCGCUGAUGCUGGCGGUCAGGGGAACGCUCCGUGCGACGAGAAGAGUAGAGCCGCUGGAGCUUCGCAGGAGGGGGAGAACGUGGAGCCGAGGACCGAUAUCCAGACGCAUGGCGAGCAGGCAAACGCGGACGAGAGGAGCGGGGAGCGGGAGAACGGUGGCGAUACGAGCGGCGGUCACGGGAACGGCUCCGUGACGCCACGUGUCGAGGCGAACGAGGUGACCGCGGUGAUCUCGGCGACCGCUGCGGCCGUACGUCAGCGUGACGAUCGUAGCGGCGGCUCUCCCGCUUACCGUCGCGGGCCGCCGAUGAACGAUGGCGAGGCGAACGCUCCCGGUGCGCCACAGCCUUUGCGCCGGAGCUCGCGACGGACCCCACACGCACAGGCUCCCCCAGAGGCAAGGAUCCGCCUCCGCGCGGAACCAGAACCCGCCUCUGAUCCUCAAAGCGCCAACGGAUCUCAUCCGCAGACGCCGGCGGAGCAACAGGUACGCUCGCGGCAGGACAUGCAGGAGGAAGCGGACAGGGAGCAGGAUCAACCUCUGCGGCGCAGUCACGGCCCAGAGCACCAAGGAAGUCCAUCGGCCCCCGCUCAAGGCGCGUCACUAGCCCGGGACGAGCCGAUAACGCCGAUCUCCCAGGCGCAACAGGCUGCACCAGUGGCAGCCACUCCGAGGAGCGGACGGGGAAGCACGCGGGGAAGAGGCGGGCGUCGAGGAGCGCGCGGAGGACAGCGGAGCGCAGGCCAAGCGGCAAGGGGGAAUCCCCACCAAUCGCCGAGCCCAAUCUGGUUGGGGGAGCCGGCGGAACGAGUCACGCGCCAGUCGUUCGCCAGGCGCGGGGCGAGAGGAGGAACGACAGCGCAAGCAGGGAGAAUCGGUGAUACAAACGCAGAGGGGAGUGGCGACGAAUAUGUACCGUCAGAUCUGAGGCAACCUGACAAUCCCGACUCACCCCGCGCGGAAGCGGGGGUGGAGCAGGCGCAGCAGCAGGAGAGAGGAUCCGGCCGCCGACAGAACCGCAGACCCCAACCCCCUCCGGACCAGGCCCUUUCGGCGUCCCAGCUGGCAUCGAGGGAGGAUCUCUUUGAGAUCGCGAUGAGCUGGGACUCUACUAUCUUAACGUCGACCACUCACCUGCCUAUCGUCCGCCGCCUGCCGCCGCAGAUCCUAAGAGGUCCAGCUCUAGGUGGAAGUGCUGCGAGAACAGAUGCACCUAUUCAGAUGUGGCCACUGGAACCAGCUGUACAGUGA